AUGGUCAACAUCUUCCUGACCGGAGCGACGGGCUACAUCGGAGGCAGCGUCCUCUCACUGCUCGCCAAGUCACACCACAAAUACACCAUCCGUGCGCUCGUCCGCGACAGCGCAAAGGGCAAGAUCCUCACCGGCACCUUCAGCGAGGUCGAGAUCGUCGAAGGCGACCUCGACGACGUCGAUAUCAUCACCCGGGAAGCUUCCAAUGCUGAUGUCGUUGUCCAUUUGGCUGCGUCUGGCCACUUGAAGAGCGUUGAGACCAUACACAAGGCCCUUUCUUCCAAGUCAGCAAGGCAGAAACCAUCGCACUGGAUCCAAAUCUCCGGCGCCAGCGCCCUCGCCGCCGCAGAACUUGCCGACAAGACCCGCAGCCCGGGCUCAGCAAGCGACCUCGUCUUCAACGACCUGGCCGGCAUCGCCGAACUCCGCUCCUUUAUCCAAAAGUACCCGAGCCGCGCCGUCGACAACUACCUCCUGAAAGUCGCAGCCGACGAGCCCAAAGUCAACACGGCGCUGGUGUUCCCACCCAUCAUCUACGGCCGGGGCCUCGGCCCCAUCAGUCAGCGUAGCGUCCAGAUCCCGUCGCUGGCCAAGGCCACGCUGGACCGCGGGCGCGGCGUGCAGGUCGGCAAGGGCCUAAGCCGCUGGGGUAAUGUGCACGUUAAGGAUAUUGCGCAGUUGAUUGCCCGGUUGGUUGAGCGGGCGGCCGAGGGGAAGGGCGAGGAGCAGGUUUGGAAUGAGAACGGGUUGUACCUCACCGGUGUUGGUGAAAUCUCUUUUGGGGAAAUCUCCAAGCUCGUUGCAUCUGCCGCUGCUAAGAAGGGCCUGGUUCCCACGGAUGAGGUGGAGGAGGUUGGUCCCGAAGAAGCAAACCAGGUGCUGCCUCAUGGAACGGUGCUUUUUGGAACAAAUGCUCGGAGCGAGGCGCUUAGGGCCAAGGAGGUUCUGGGCUGGGCGCCGACGGGCGAGAACUUGGAGGCCGAGAUCCCCCAGGCGGUGGCGCGGGAAGCUCCCGAGGGACAGCACAGCAAGCUGUGA